AUGCUCCUCUCUCUGCUCGUCGCCGCAACGGCCGCUCAGGCGUCCCUGCAACGACCGGCUGCGUUCUGCGGGACCCCGGAACCCGGCGACGGUCGCGCCUCGGUCUCUCGGCACGCGUCGGUGGCGAGGAGCAGCGGCAGCGGCCUCAUCGCGGCCAACAUUUCCGUGCCCGUGUAUGUGCACGCCAUCGCCUCCAACGACACCGGCCUCGUGAGCGAAACCGUCCUCGAGGAGCAGUUCCGGGUCCUCCAUGACGUCUUCGGCCGGUACGGCAUCGCAAUGACCCUCGCCGGCAUCACGCGCACCGUGAACGCCUCCUGGUCCGACCACGCCGAGGAGGUCAACAUGAAGACGGCGCUCCGCCGCGGCGACUACGGCGCCCUCAACCUGUAUGUCCAGGAGCUGUACCCGACGCUCGGCCGCUGCUUCUACCCCGUCGCGUCCGCGUCCCCGGGUUCCCGCGACUUCGUCCUCGACGGCUGCCAGGUCGACACCAACACCGUUCCUGGCGGCGCCUCGCGGGAAGGCAACGACCGCGGGCUCAUGGCAGUCCACGAGGUCGGGCACUGGUUCGGCCUGGCGCACACCUUCACCGGGGGUUGCUACGGCGGUGACCAGGUCGACGACACGCCCGCGCAGGCGACGUCUUCGUGGGACUGCACCGUGGGCCAGGACACCUGCCCCGACCUGCCGGGCGAGGAUCCCAUUUACAACUUUAUGAAUUACCAAGCAGAGUAA